AAUGUUUCUUUCGUCAUUCAAGUUAAUUUUAUUUUUCUUAACUUUUUUUCGUUUCGCGAACGCUUUCGUGUAUUUCCCGGGCGGUGCUGCUGGAAUGCUCUUCGCUGUUGCCAUUCCGCUCGACUUGCCCAAAUAUUACAACGUUUUCAUGUCGUACAAUUUUGAGGCGAAUUACCGCGUUCCAACGAUGGUCACAGAUUUCACCAAAGGACCAACUUUGCUGCAUCGUGUGAGGCGUGACGGCACCAAAUGUGUGCAAAAAGUUAAUGGAGACACGUUAAAAAGCAUGUGGCAAGAUCCGUCGAUCGGAAUUGAGGAGGAAUGUGAAGCGAUAAAUGCACCAUCGACCGAACCGUUGGUCACACGAAAGAGAAUUUAUAAUUGGAUUGAGGAAAAAUUGACGUUAUACGGAUUUGAUGGCAAAGCGUGUUUGUUACGAGCGAUUUGUGAUCAUCGGAGUUCGUCUUUUGCGAAAGUUAACGGAAUUACGGGAGAUAUUUUACAUAUUUUACUGAGUCCCUACAGCUCAAAAUUGGAACCAGAAAUGGAAAUUUAUCAAGAAGCCGAGCAAAAUGGAUACACCGAAAAUUGUUCUCAGUACUACAAUGCUUGCCAACAAGACUUGUUAGAGCUCAUAACACACCAAGAACGAUGA